AUGCUUCUUCUUACACCGUUUCUCCAACAACAACAACGCAUUCCCAUCACCAGUAACACUCACCCACCCACCACCACGGGGGACCGGCCGAACAGGCACAGCGCAGGAGCUGACCGCCGCUGCAAUGUGAGUUGUGAGGUGUGGAGAAAACAGUGGCCAUGUCUCGGUUUGCUGCAAGCAGUUAGCGGUGCCCGCGUCCGGGAUGCCCACAUCCAGAGAGCUGCUGGCUCAGGGCUGGCUGGCCUGGCUGCAUCCUCUUUCGUCUCUGAGCCAGGUCGCUGCGUUCAAAGUGCCAUCCAUGAUCGCAACAUUCCAAUGCGACAUUCGUUACACAAGAAAGCUGGGGGAGCUAAGACGAGACGCAUGCCGAAUCUAGUCCUCCCUCACCCCCAAAUCUUGUCUGCUCAGCUUCAACAUCCCGCGUCGCGUCAUUUGUCCAAUUGGAGAGCGUUCAGGAGCCAGCUCCAGUGCAGCUCAAGCCAGCUAUCCUCAUGUUUUUCUCUCGUCAUCUUCGCUGUGCGCCUUUUUCUGUUCACUCUGGGAUACGGAUACCCGAGGGAUUACGGAUACUCAUUUGCUCUUCACGAACUCAUCUUUGUGCGACUCCACAGCCCCUGGGACCACACUCCAAAUCCAACCCGGCCCUUUCGCCGGCGCCCAUGCCGGUCAUCAAUCUUACAUUUUCAGGCACUUUGA